AUGGGAGGGAGGCAUGUCUGGUGGAGGUAGGGAGGGGCAGGAGAGGGAUGGGGAUGACCGUGUGGCGGUUAUGGUCAGCCGGGGCAGCGGGGGCGGGCAGGAACGGAAGGAAGGGCAGCAACGGAGGGAAGGGCAGCAUAUGCUGCUGGUCGAGGGGUCAAAGGACGAGGAAGGCGUGAGGAUGACUCGGGCCCUGAAGUCAGCUGGGGGGCUGAGACCGCCUGAGGGGCUCAGGCCAUCUCUCCCCCAGCUGGACUUAUCCCUAGCAAUGUCGCAUGGGCAGGGGGUAGGACUGGGGGGUCUGCAUGGCGUGGAAGAGGAUGGGGAUGGGACUUGCGAGCACCAGCAGCAGCACCAGCAGCAGCAGCAGCAGCAGUUUGUGAGAGGUGGUGUGAGCAACAGUAACGCCAUUUCGGAGGAGAGGAUAAGAGAUUUCCUGCAGGAGAAGGCGGAGGGGCUGCAGCAGCUGCAGACGCCUCUGAUGGCCGAAACAGAGGCACCCAGACAGGCCUCCGACAUGCCACAUGGCGCUUCAGGGUUGGCCGGUUCUAGUGCAGAAGCGGAGCCCUCAUGUGGUCCGUUUGAGGAAAGAGAGGAGGCAAAUGGGGCUCAGGUAGAGAAGCAAGCAGCACGUGUAGGGGACGGUACACGCAGGGUGGCUUCUCCAUCCAACCAAAAGCAGACAGGGGUAGGGACAGGGGUAGGACAGACCAUCCCAGGUCAGGGGCAGGGGCAGGGGCAGGGACAAGCACCUGUAAGUAGCCGGCCGGCCGGGCUGACUCCCUCUCCACGCCGCCAUCGGGAGUCGUCUCCUGCCCGGCGAAAGAGAAUACUCAAAGAGAGCUUUGCUCUUCCCCGGGACCUGUCCCCUUCAGCCCGCCUGCAGCCACAAGCACCAGCAGCAGCAGCAGCAGCAGCGGCGCCAGCAGUGGCUCCAGCAGCUGCAGCACCAGCAGUGGCUUUCUCCUCCCCCUCCACUGCCACUCAGAGCCCCUCUGUCUCCCUCCCUUCCCCCUCCCUCCCCUCCCCCUCCCGCCGCUCCGCCUCCCCCUCAUCCUCCUCCUCCACUGCCGCAGAUCCCACCACCUCCCUUCCCGGAUCACGCACUCCAUCAGCCAAUCAGCUAUCUCCAACCCUGGGCCAGUCACGUCACCAUCCUACCAGAGCUUUGAAGGCUCGCUAGCAGGGAAACCGGGAGAAGCAGCAUAGCAAGUCGGGCAGCUGGGUGAACAGCAGUGAAGGCGACUUUUCCGGGCGGCAGCACGCGGGCAGCUUUGAGAGUUUCGGGCAGGAGGGGAGGAUUGUGAGACAGGGGAGUGGGGCGUUACACAG